GCUGCUCGCGUAAGUCGCAUGGAAAGGGUAGAAAAAUCCCACGUUCUGGCAUCACUGCUUGACACACAUGUUUAUAUACUUUUUAGCAGCAAAUGGCCGACGACUGGACGAGAAGCAUUGUUUGCCGUUAUUAUAAAAAUGGCCUGUGUCGAGAGGGCGAUAACUGCCGGUAUCGACAUUCAAAUCAGCAGUCUGGAGCUGAGCAGGAUGAAAUGACUGAUGCAGAUGACUCGGACAAUAACACCAGCGAACAGGGAACCUCAUCAGUUCCCUGUCGUUUUUACAAAUGGGGAACCUGUAAGUUUGGCAAUCGCUGUCGUUAUAUCCACACCACCUCCACCAGUAAUCCCGGAAUGUCCUCUGGAAAUCGCAGUGAUGAUCAAGAAUUAGAUUCUGGACAAAACUCUGGUUCUUCUGUCGUAGCAUCGUCACUUACUGACACUGCUCACUCAUCAUCGACGUCUUUUCCUCCAGCUGUCACUUCAGAUAAAUCAAAUAAGAACAAUUAUGAGCCAAACGAAUGGGUCAAAGCACCAGAAUUCGUACCGACCACAUUGGCAGCCAUUAAUUGUGCUUUGAAUGACGAUGACAGUGAUAAUGACAUCGAUAUGUUGUCAAUUAAAGCCAAUAAACCAGAAUCGUAUGCUAGAGCAGUAAACAAUUCGGGCCAGACAUUGAAUCCUGCAUCAGAACCUCUCUGUCCUUACGCAGAAUCAAGUGGAGUUUGCAAAAAACUUGAGUGUCCUUAUUUACAUGGAGAUAUUUGCGAGCUUUGUGGUAGUGCUGCUCUUCAUCCGUUCAAUAAAGAACGGCGACAGCAGCAUACCAGCGCCUGCAUAAAACAACAUGAGGCUGACAUGGAACUGUCGUUUGCUGUUCAACGGAGCCGUAGUAAAGCCUGUGGAGUUUGCUUCGAGGUUAUUAUGGAAAAGACUUCCCGUGAACAGAGAAGAUUUGGUAUAUUACCAAACUGCAAUCACUGUUUUUGUUUGAGUUGCAUUAGAAAAUGGCGUCAGGCUAAACAAUUUGAUAACAAAAUUAUACGCUCGUGUCCAGAAUGUCGUAUUUCCUCGGACUUUGUUUGUCCCAGCAUAUACUGGGUCGACACUAAGGAAGAAAAAGAAAAACUUAUCGUCGAGUAUAAAGGAGCACUGAGCCAGAAAGAUUGCAAGUACUUCAACAAGGGCCAAGGAAAAUGUCCCUUCGGCAACAAAUGCUUUUAUCUUCAUGCCUUACCUGACGGAACUAAAACAGACGUCGGUCCACCAGCACGUCAAGCUUCUCAUUCUAGCGGUGAAAUUGAUUUACUUCAGCAAUUAAUACUAUGGAAUUUUCUCGAAGAAAGAGACAAUCGCUGGAUCUAUAUGGAUGAUCAUGACGAGGUUGUCGUCGUAUACUCAGAUUCCGAAGAUUCCGUCUGAUUUCCAAGACAAGUUACAAUGCAUUAAUCGGCUUUAUAAGUGUUUUACAAUUAUAUUUAGAUAAAUAUUAUACUUUUUUGGCUUUACAAAAAAGAUAUAAUAGAUAAUAUGAUAGUAAAAAAAAAUAUAAAGGUUAUCGGGUAAAAAAAAAUAAUAAAAAUAAAACAAUAAAUGUGUUAUUGCUAAAGUGCGUUAAUUACGAGUGUAAUGUACAAUAGUUUAAUAGUGAAAACAUUGUUAUUAUUAUUGAUUAUCACUUUUGAAUUUAAAUGACAUCUCAAUGUUGGCAUAUAAUUAAUAAGUCAUAGGCAAAAUACUAAAUACUUAUUAAUGUGAUUUGAAUUUUCUUCUGCUCACUCAUUAUCAUUGUUUAUUUUUACACUAAAACACUUUUUUUUUCAUAAUGUUAUAUUUUGUAUCUGUUAAAAUUAGUUUUUAAAUGAUUGAUUAGAAGAAAAAAAUAUAAAUUAAAAUAUCCUACUAAAAAAAAUCUUGUUAUUUCUUAGCAUAUUUUUUAUUACGUAAAAAAAAUCUUAUAUAUUUUAUUAUGCGUAACAAGUGAUAGCAAUAGUAAAAAAAAUUAAAUCAUUUAAUUAAAUAAUAUAUUUAUAAUUAUUUUAGAAAAGUAAUCGGUACUUUCGUAUAAAAAAAUUUUGUUCAUCACCACUGGGGCUGUUAAUCACUCGAUAAAAAUUAUAAUCAAAAGAAAUAAUAUAUGUAUAAUUUAACGUCUAUAUAUAUGCAAUGUGCAAUGUAUAAAUGACUAUACAACAGUAGAGUCUUUUGAUGACGGUUGUUGAGAUGGUUGUAUGUUGCCGUUGUUGCAGUCUUUAUUGUCACUCUCAUUGCCUCUGUUUGAAUAAUUAUAAAACCCAAAUGAAAAAAAUGAUAAAAUAAAUAAAAAUAAAUUAAAUAAAG